GCGAGAACCAAUGGCGGUAGAGGGAUGAGCGAGGGAAGUUAGAGACCAAAAGGUUAUUGAAGACAGCUGUGCAGAAAUGUGCCACAUGCGGACUUAAUGGCCAGUUGUCAAACAUCAGAAAAGCCCAUUCCCUCUCAUUCUAUCGACGUCAUAUUGGGAUUGAGGAAAUGUUCAAACGAUUAUGAAUAUAUUUCCGGUACAGAUGGAAAGACAAAUCAAGAAUGUUCAAAGAACAGUAAAUCCGAGGAGGAGAUGGGCAAAAAAAAGCACAGAAGGAACAGAACAACCUUCACUACCUACCAAUUACAUGAACUGGAAAGAGCUUUCGAGAAAUCUCACUAUCCGGAUGUCUACUGCAGAGAAGAGCUGGCUAUUAAAGUCAAUUUACCAGAAGUUCGCGUACAGGUUUGGUUUCAGAAUCGUCGAGCUAAAUGGAGGAGACAAGAAAAACUCGACAGUCAAACGUCAUUGAGAUCGAUUAACCUAAAUAAUCAUUGUCACAGUAGCUCCAUUCAGCCCUAUCUUUUAGAGAACUGGACAUCCCCCACAUUGUCUCUACCCGGUUAUUUCAACCAGCAGAAAUCUCUCUACACCAACUAUUUUCCCGCACCCCUCAACUUAUCGGUACGUAGUGACAAGACGGAAGAUAGCAGAAACUCCAGCAUCGUAGCCUUGAGAAUUAAGGCUAAAGAACAUUUGGAAUUAAUCAACAAAGGGAUUAAACCUUUAUAAAAGCCAAACGUUUAACGUGUUUACUGUGCGACGAGCUUGGUUUUUUUAAUCCAUCUCUCAGGAAUAUUUGUACAUUAAACAUACUUAACUUUCACUUCUUCCUCCCCCUUUAGAGCUAGUUACAGACGCCAAUCGAUGUACUGUACACACGAACAGCCUCUUUUUUUUUUUAAAUUUUCGGGUAUAACACACUAAAAUUCACCCUACGAAUUGAUCUGUACAGCUUUUUGUAUAUAGGAAAGAACGUAGAUCAAAGGCUUGCGUAAGAUGGAUCCCGUUAAUGAAGGCUAGACAACACUAGUUAAGUUUUGUGACGUAUAAUGCGGAUCUCGUUACGUGGCGAUGACGUGGAUCGACUGCCGAUGUGUGACGCAAUUUUACGUUACGUGGAUGAGUCGGGAUCGUACGUUACGUGUACAUACAUCCACGAGAAGAUAUAAAGUCUAUUUAUACGUGUAGCUUCGUGUUUUAUGUGUUGGAAAGGAUGAAUCGAUUUGUAAGUGCCGUGAUCCAUGUAGCUGUAGUAAUUUAUGUUUAGAUUGCCUUGUCAAAUUUUGGAGGCAAGCUCGAAUGAUUUCUCGAUGAGGCAGAUAGAAUUUUAAACUCCUAACCCACCACAAAAGGAGCAAAAAUAAUGAUGUAUAGAAGAUAUGCUAAAUAAUGUAAACAAUGGUUAAGGUGUGUUUACAUCAGGGUGAUAUUCGAGUCUCGAAGUUAAAAUUGAAUAAGUUUCUCGCGUAAAUUACGUGCUUAAUUCGUAUCGAUUGACGUCAAAUAUUGAUUUGUUUGUUUGUUUUUUUUUUUUAAUUUCGAAAUUUAUAUGAUAAGAGAUGGCAGCACUGCGUUGAGUAACUUGUUAAAAGGAUGCGUUAAAUGAUAAA